AUGAAGGAACUUAGUUUACUUGAUGUGUCCAUGGGUUCUCUUGAUGCACGUAAAAGCGAUUAUUUUUUUCGAAAUUCGAAUUCUAAUAAAUUUCCAAAUGCUUUGCGGUAUCUUUGUUGGAACCAUUACCCUUUUAUGUCAUUACCCAUGACACUUCAUGCAGAUAAUCUUGUUUCACUUUACAUGACUGAGAGCAAAAUAGUACAACUCUGGGAAGGGGGAGAAAGAAAGGUUCUAAAGAAGCUCAGAUUCCUUGACCUCAGUUAUUCAAUGUUGAGGACCCUUGAUCUUGGGCUUACUCCAUAUAUUGAGACGUUGAAUCUUAAAGGAUGUACUAAUUUGGAAGAAGUGCACAUGAUUGGUGGAUGUUUAAAGCUCAUUACUAUCGACCUCAGUUUUUCAACCUUGACAACCCUUGACCUUGGGUUGGUUCCCAAUAUUGAGCUAUUAGAUCUUAGAAAUUGUUCAGGUCUGAUAGAACUUCACAUGCCCAGUAGAUCUCUAAAUUUGAAAUCCACCAAACUCAAAAAUUCAAAGUUGAGGACCCUUGACAUUGGGCUGAGUCCUAAUUUCGAGCAUUUAGAUCUUAGAAAUUGUUUGGAUUUGGAGGAAAUUCACUUGGCAAAUGGGUGUCAAAAGCUCACAUCCCUUGACAUUAGUUGUUCAAAGUUGAGGAAAAUUGACAUUGGGUUGACUCCAAAUCUUGAGAGGUUAGAUCUUAAAAAUUGUUAUAGUUUGGUAGAACUGAAUGUGGCCGAUGAUUCUCUAAAGAAACUCGUCUACUUAGGCUUAAGUGGUUGUUUGAGGUUCAGAUCUUUUAUUUUUCACAUAGAGGAUGAUACUUCUCAUACUGAGGAGAAUACUUCUUGUGCUGAGGAUGAUGCUUCUUGUAGUGAGGAUGAAUCGCUUGAGAUUGGUCCUCUAGCUGAGUUACAUCUGACUGCAAUUUCCAUACAUGGAUGCCCAUUUCACCCUGAAAGCAACCUACCAAAGCUGCAGUUUACAUGUUUAUAUGAAGAAGAUACACCGUUAUUUACUAGAAAUCUUGAGAAGCUUAUUUCUAUAGGUCUGUGUGUUUGCACAAACCUUGAUACGUUUUCAAGAAGCAUUUGCGGGUUACAAAGUUUAAGAAAGCUCAAACUAGAAGGCAACAUAUUAGAGGUCCCCAAGAAUCUUGACCAACUAGAAUGUCUAGAGGAGCUAGAUUUGUCAAAUACAAAGAUUAAACAUCUUCCCGAUAACAUUUGUAUGUUGAAACGUCUGAAAUCUCUCAAACUUAGAUCAUGUCGGUUUCUUGAGAAGUUACCCAAGGAUCUUGGCCGAUUAGAAUGUUUAGAGGAGCUAACUUUAACAUGUGGAAAAAUUAAAGAUCUUCCUGAUAGUAUUUGUAUGUUGAAACGUUUGGAAUCUCUUGAACUUUAUGAUUGCUCAUGUCUUGAGAAGUUACCUAAGGACAUUGGCCGAUUAGAAUGCUUGAAGAAGCUAACUGUGUCAUAUGCACAGAUUAAAGAUCUUCCUGAUAGCAUUUGUAUGUUGAAUAAACUGGAAUCUCUCGAACUUAGUUAUUGUUGGUUGCUUAUGAAGCUACCUGAGGAUCUUGGCCAAUUAGAAUGUUUAGAGAAUCUAAGCCUAAAGGGUUGUAAGUUUUUACAAGAUAUCCCAAGCAUCAUACGUAAGAUGAAAGGUCUAAAAAAUCUUAAUCUUUGUAAUUGUAUUCAAGUUAAGACAUUGCCUGAGGAACUUGGGGAUCGACAAUGUUUAGAACAGUUAGAUAUAGAAGGUACAUGCAUAAGACGUCUUCCACAGAGCAUGUUUUUGUUGAAAGGUCUGAUUAUUUAUGGGUUGAGAGGGGUACUUCAGUCAAGUGGUUUUACCUCUGAGAUUCAAACCUCGGAAUACGGUAUGUUUUGCUAUGUAAAGGUGUGA